AAACCAUUCCUUACUUGCACUGUUUUGGCAGCCCACAUUCCGCCUCUUUAUCUGUUUUACAACGACCCAAUUGCUGUGGCGCAGCCUGCGGAAUACAAAGAAAGCAGUUUUAUUAGAAUGGGAAGAAUACCCUGCUGUGAAAAGGACAACGUGAAAAGGGGCCAAUGGACACCCGAGGAAGAUGCAAAGCUCGUCAGUUAUAUUUCUCAACAUGGAACCAGAAACUGGCGCCUCAUUCCCAAAAAUGCAGGUUUGCAGAGAUGUGGAAAGAGCUGCAGGCUCAGGUGGACUAAUUAUCUUCGCCCAGAUCUUAAGCAUGGAGAAUUCACAGACAACGAAGAACAAACUAUAGUUAAAUUGCAUUCUGUUGUUGGCAACCGAUGGUCAUUGAUCGCUGCACAACUUCCUGGACGAACAGACAAUGAUGUAAAGAACCAUUGGAACACCAAGCUGAAAAAGAAGCUAUCUGGGAUGGGAAUCGACCCAGUGACACACAAGCCAUUUUCACACCUGAUGGCAGAAAUAGCCAACACAUUAGCUCCUCCACAGGUAGCCCACCUUGCUGAGGCAGCCUUGGGAUGCUUCAAGGACGAGAUGUUGCAUCUCCUUACCAAGAAGCGCAUUGACUGGAGAGCGGUAGACCCAAAAGGAACAAUUGUCUACAAUGGUAUGACUCCCUCUCAGUUUUCUCCAAAUCGAAUUUGGGACCUCCCACAAAACAACAAUAUGUUGUGUCAUUCUAAGGACGAUGUCUUCAUGUCAAAUGAUAAUGCAAUUAAGCAAGGGAUGGAACAAUCUGAUAUCAUUAUGCCCAAACCAUGGGAAACCCAUGUGAGUCCUGAGUUAAAUGGAUUCAACUCCACAUGUAGUCUCUACACUGCAUUUCAGUUUUCUGGGCCAGAAUAUCGUUCUCCAUCAUUAUAUAUGGGUGGAUCAUCUAACAAGGCUGAAGUAAAUUUCCCGUGUAUUGCCACUACUAACCCCUGGGGGAUGGCUCGUGGGUCUCCUGGUCAUAUGGAUAAUUUAGAUAGAACAUCCAACGUUGCACUUUCACCAACCUCUUUGAAGCAACAGGAGGGCGUGGAAUGUGGAAAUAUUUGGAAUCAGGUGGAGUGUAAUGAUAAUGGUGGACAUGUGGAGGAAGGGUCGUCAUGGAAUCAAAGUAUGUGCAGUGGAAGCACAUGUACUGGUGGUGACCAAUGCGCUGAUCUUGAGCAACAGGAGGUUGAAGAAGAAGAGGCAAGAUCAGAUGGUGGUGGAGAUAAGAGCAGACAGGGGUUUAAUUCUGAGUGUGUGUUGUGGGAUUUAUCUGAUGACCUCAUUACCCCAAUUAUUUAACUAUUGUCAUGUCCUAAUAUACCUAUACAUAUUGUAGUUUCAUUGCUUUAAUUUGAUAGAUAUUCUCUUGCAAGAUAGUUAUAUAUAUAUUAUAUGGAUAGGAUUUAUACUUCUCUUUGGCCAGCUGGUUUUUUAAUUGUCUCUCACAAACCCUCUCACAAUGUUGUACCUUUCUUUCACCUCUGUUUCUAAGCAGAAUUGGUUUCACUCAAUUAAAUCUUCUGUAAGACUCUUACUAGUUUUAUAUAAUAUAUCUGUAAGAUUCUUAUUAGUUUUAUAUAAUAUAUCGAUAAGAUUUCUAGA